AUGGCCAUUGAGAUCGCAGCCCAACAAUUCAAUUCCACUUCUACGUUACUACUCCAUGUCAGCGAUUCCAACAGCAGCAAUCAGCUACGAUCAACUUCAGACGCUAAAAAUCUCAUCGACUGGGGAGCAGAAGUAAUUGUCAGCACAGUACCAUGGCCGGAGGCGGACACGGUGGCAGUGCUCGGCGGUCAGGCCAAAAUUCCGGUGCUCUCUCUCGCGGCGAACCCUCCGCUGGCCUUGGCACCCAGACCCUUCUUGGUCCGCGUGUCGUACCCGGAUUCGGGACAAGUGCAAUGCCUCGCGGACCUAGUGAAAUCCUACAACUGGAGGAGGGUCAUCGCGCUCUACGAAGACGACGCGUACGGCAGCAUCUACGCAACUAUCGCUCUUUUAUCUAACUACCUACGAGACGUCGGAUCCGAUAUAGCCUACGGCGCCGCCUUCCCACCAAUGGGCUCGCUCCCUGACCCAAAGGCCGCGGUGCGUCGAGAGUUGGAGAGGGUGCGGAGACAGCUGCCCAAGGUGUACAUCAUCGUCCGGGCAUCUUCGUUAUUGACCGUCCAUCUCUUCCAGGAGGCAAAGAGGUUGGGAAUGACGGCGAAGGGCCACGUCUGGAUCACCAACGAUGAUAUCACCACCCUCUUUGACUCGGCCCUCCCGCCGUCGUUCCUCUCUUCUUACAUGCAAGGCGUGGUAGGUAUCAAGAUCUAUUUCAACGAGACCACCGACUCCUACCGCGACUUCCAUACCAAAUUCCGGCAGGGAUACGAAUCCAGUUACGGAAAGGAAGGGGAGAAGUACGUCGACCCGGGAGUCUUGGCUUUGCGAGCUUAUGAUGCGCUGCGCGUCAUCGCUCGCGCCGCAUCUGAGACCGCGAAGCAGCGCAAGACGCUGUUCGAAGGGAUUCUCUCUUGUCAAUUUACUGGGCUCAGCGGGCCGAUUAGUUUCAGAAAAGAUGGGAGCCUAGCAGAGGGGAAGGGCUCCCCGGCUUUUCGGGUAGUCAAUGUUGUGGGCAAGAGCUAUAAAGAACUGGGAUUCUGGCUCAAGGGAUCGGGAUUCGUUAACGAGGUGGGAGACAUGGGCCUUGGUAGGCCUGCCGUGGAUGUCUUGGGUCCGGUCUACUGGCCUGGAGGCCCAUGGAGGGUCCCGGGUGGGUGGGGUCGGCAGAGGAUUGGGGUUCCGGCCCGGACGGCCUUCGACCAGUUCGUGAAGGUAGAGUACGACGAAACGGGGAAGGUGAGGGCAGUGACGGGAUUCUGCAUCGCUGUGUUCAAGGAGACCCUGAAGCGUUUGAAGUACGACCUAGAAUACGAGUUCAUCCCCUUGGAUGGAACUUACGAUGAGCUCAUCUCCCUAGUGACCUUGAAGGUUCUUGAUGCUGUGGUGGGGGACGUCACUAUACUAGCUAAGCGUUCGGCGAACGUCACGUUCACCCAGCCAUUUCUUGGGUCCGGUUUAUCCAUGUUGGUUCGUGUGAAACCAGAUCACGAAACGUUGAUGCUCACCAAGCCAUUCUCCAAGGCAGUAUGGGCCCUGAUCUUCGCCACCUUAAUCUACACAGGGAUCAUAAUCUGGUACCUUGAACACGAGAAAAAUCCCGAGUUUCACGGCCCCUGGUGGACGCAGCUUGGAGCCACGCUUUGGUUGAUCUUCUGUAGCAUCUUCCAUGCACAUGGAACGGUCUAUAGUUGCUACGCCAAAACAGUGGUCAUACCAUGGCUCUUUGUUGUAAUGAUUCUGGCUUCCAGCUACACCAACACCCUUAGUUCUAUCAUGACUAACCAAAAGCUUGAACCAGUGGUGGAUCACAGGAAGGUUGGGUGUGAUGGUGACUCGUUUGUUGUGAAGUACCUGCAAGAUGUGUUAGGCUAUAAAGAACAAAUGAUCGAGAAGCUUAGAGCAGUAGAGAACUAUUCCAAAGCUUUUGAGAGUGGAAACAUCACUGCUGCUUACCUUGAGACUCCAUAUCUACCAGUAUUUCUUUCACGGCAUGAUGGUUACGCCGUCUACGGGGAGACCCAUUGGCUUGGCGGCUUUGGUUUUGUAUUCCAGAAAGGUUCACCAGUAGCUGCAGAUAUUUCUGGAGCCAUUUUGGAGCUCAACGAGGACGGGACACUGAAGCAACUGGAAAAAAAGUGGUUCUCCUUCUCUUUGUCCAACUGCCCAAGCCCAGAUUAUAACGAUGGUAAAACAGACAGCUUAAGUCUUGACCACGUUUGGGUGCUCUUCCUCUUUACUGGUGGCAUUUCAACAACUGUUUUUCUGUUGUUCAUUGCUCGUUUGAUCCAAAGAAACCUUACCUCCCACCAACAAGCAGAUGCGCCCCCAGGAGAGAGGUUCAGAAGACUAUUGAGGUCUCUGAUGUCUAAGAGCAAAAAACUGUGGAGGUCUAUGAUGUUCUGGGAGAAGAAUGAAGCUCAACUCUCCAGUGUACCUAUCACACCAUCUCAAGGAGAAAAUGGUAUUGCCAUGGGCUUUGGAACAACUAACAAUGUCGAAAUAGAAUAUCAUGACGAUGAUCUCACGGCUGCAGGGCCUCCUCCUCACCAUGGGUAG